AUGGGUCGAAUCGGUGUAGCCCGAAACGGUGACGGCGACCUGGUUCUCGCCGCGGCGCAGGAUGUAUCUUGCGCCGACCGAGGCCGACGUGAACGGCGUAUGCCCGGCCGCCGUCAUCGUGACCGUGUCGCCGGUGUUCCAGGUCGUACCCGACAGGGUGAGGUGCACGUCCUCGUCGGUGUUCCAGCCAUCGUAGCGCACACCCGAAUCGACGCACCACGACGAAUAGACGUCGGGGAAGUAGCGCGAGGCCAUGCGCUCGACAUAGCGGACGGUCCGGCCGUUCACGGUGCGCUUCACCGCGAGGUACAGGAUGCUUUCGCUGCCCUCGGUGACGCAGGCCACGCUUUCGACCAGGCCGUCCGUCACAUGCCGGUGCCAGGCGUAGACGUCGUGUUCCUUCAGGUAGGUGAAGCCCAGCAGCACCCCGUCGGAGCGCACGCACCAGACGAUGCCGUCGGGAUCGCGGGCAUAGGCCCAUUCCUCGAUCGUCUGGCCCUCGAACAGGUGGCCGGCGAGGAUCGAGACGUUGCGGCCCUGGAAGCUGUCCGACGCGAAUUCAUAGGCGACGUCGCGGACCUUCUUGCCCGACGCCGUGACAUAGAUCGCGCUGCUCUCGGUGGCGAUCGGCGGGAUCUCCGCGAUGCCCUCGUAGCUCUGCGGCUUCACGGCGCAAUUGGCCGGGGUCAUCACGUCGGCCUGCGCACCGGCCCAGGCCUUCCAUACCGCACCCGAGGUCCAGACCAGCAGGAUGUUGAGGCUCAGCAGGAAGCGGAUCUCGUUCACCUCGCGGCUGGCGAUGGUGCGGGUGAUCGCGUCGCUGUCUUUCGACGGCGUCGAGGUGUUCAUGUUGUUGAAGGCCGCCGAGGCCGACGAAUAGAGCGUCUGCGGCUUCUGGUUGGUCCGGCCGUACCAUUGCCGGCCCUCGUGAUAGGUCGAGCAGCCCGGAUACUUGUCGGCGGCGUCGAACGGGUUCUUGGCCUGCGGCGGUCCGUCGGACGUGUCGGGCUCGAUCGUCGUGUCGGGCGUGGCGAGCGUGUAGAUCCGCGCCGCCGUGCCGCCCGAGGUCCAGGCGCCAUAACCCGACGUGUCGACGCCCAGCGAAAAGGUCGUGCUGCUGAGCGCCGUGAUAGCGAACUGGCGCCCGUUGACCUCCGCCAUUCCACCGACGCCGGUCAGGAACACCGAGUCGCCCGUCGAAUACCCAUGCGCGCCGGACACGGUCACCACGGCCGGAUUGCCCUGGGUCAGGCUGGUGAUCGUGAAGCCGCCUUCGAGGACGUAGCCGCCCUCCUUGAUCACGCGCAUCUUCUGGUCGCCGAACUCCAGCACGUAGGUCUGCGUCGUGUUGAAGGCGAAGGGGACCAGGCGCGACCGGGCCAUUGCGUUGACGCACUGACCGACGAACGACGUGCCCGCCCGCGUGCUGGCGCCGCCGAACGGAUGGAUGAACCAGUUCAGGCAGGUCCGCAGGCCCACCUGCCAACCCGGCGAGCUGUCAUCGAAGCCGCGCACGGCCUGCGAUUCGGCCAUAGGCAAUCGGCUCUGCGCGCCCUGCUCGUUCGCGCCAUCCGCCAUGGCCUUCUCGAGGCGGGCGGCGGCGACCUGCUGAAGCUGCAUGGCCACGUCGCGCUUCUGGGUGAUCGGAUAGGCGACGGCCGCCGCAAGACUGUCCGCGAGCGUCAGCACGAACGGCGCGCUGAACCGGUUGGGAUCGGUCACGCGCUGCAGAAGCACCGCCUCGGCGACCGUCUCGUUGCAGUACAGGAACUGGUUGGUACCGUCCGAGGCGAUCUCGAACGGGAUGACGGGAUCGGGCCAGGCCCAGCUCCAGCCACCGAAGUCGAGCCGCCUGACCUUCAGGCAGUCCGACGGGUAGGCGUAGCUGUAGGCCCAGCGCGACGGCGGCGUGCCCGACAUCGACAGGGACCGCGUCACCCUGUUGAAGUUCCAGUCGAUCAUGCCCUGCAGAUCGUCGCGCACCGUCUCGUACCAGAUGCUGAUCUGACGUGCCUCGGUGCUGUUCUCGGCUGCGCACGGCGGUCGAUGUCUCGUCGAUGCCGGCCAGCGUCCGCUGCGACAGCAGCACCAGCAGCCCCAUGCCGAUGCCCACCAUCCAGCGAUAGGCCUGCACGCCCAUGCCGAUCCUGGUGUGACCGUUGCCGGUCAGCGGUGUCUGAUCGCUCAUCAAGCGGCCCUCCAGAAAAGGCGUUCGUUCGGCAAGCCGGGCCCGGACGCGGCCAGCACGCUCCAGGCAGGCGCGAUCACGCAGGGCCAGGGAUGGAUGCCGUUCGCGGGAUCUUCCUGCAGCGCGUAGGGAUAGGAGCCGUCUGCAAGCUGCGAGCGCCUCAGCAUCUGCAUCAGCGCCUGCGCGCGCGACGGAUCGACGUAGCGCAGGGCGGCGACGGCGCCGAAGCUGCCCUCCAUCCACGGCGUGACGACGGUGUCGACAGGAUAGCCGUCGGCCGGAAUGAACGUCGUGAAGCCGGAACGGCCGCUCGCGGC